AUUUAAUUAUUUGUUAAUGGUUGUUUUACGUAAAAACUGCUGUAUAUAAGAUGUAAUGUGUUAAAUUAACUUUAAAGAAGAUUGGGAAUUUCUCUUGAUUGUUUAAAAAUUAAGUUUAUCACAGUUGUUUUAACCUUUUUGGCUAUUCAGACAAAUACUGAAGUCAUUUUAAGGAGUUGUGGGUUCUUUUGUGGCUCUCAGACAGUCAAAAAAAGUAAAAACUGGAUAAUGCAUAGAAGUUAUCACUAAGGCUGCAUUCUAUUAAAACUCUUGUGCUCUGAUGCCCAUAGAAAUAGUUAUGUGAAAUCAAGAUAGGCUGAUUUUCUGCCAAAACUUAAAUAUAAGGGAAAAAAGCUGUUUCCCAUCUAUUGAAUAUUUUUGGUGGGAGAAUUGGGGGUGGGCAGAGGGGAAUACUUAUCUUCUCUUUGAAAGGCAUUUCCUUCCUCCCUCCCAGGGCUGGGGCCAAGAGCAUUUUGGCUGACUCAGAUUGUGCAGUUUCAUAGCUGUGGGUGUUACUCUCCUUUACCCAGUGGGGUUGCAGCAUCUCAGGGGAGCUGUAGUCUCUAAUAUUUGAUGAAGUUGACCUGUCAGAUGCCAGUGUAGCUGAAUCAAGCACAAAAAAUGUCAACAACAGCUUCACGAUAAUCACUCCAUUUAGGAGGCUAAUAUUGUGUGCUGAGAACAGAAAAGAAAUGGAGGACUGGAUAAGCUCUCUGAAGUCCGUUCAGUCCAGAGAACACUAUGAGACCGCACAGUUUAAUGUGGAACAUUUCUCAGGGAUGCAUAACUGGUACGCCUGCUCCCACGCCCGCCCUACCUUCUGUAACGUGUGCAGAGAGAGCCUCUCUGGAGUCACUUCUCACGGCCUGUCCUGUGAAGUGUGUAAGUUUAAAGCACAUAAAAGAUGUGCUGUCCGAGCAACAAAUAACUGCAAAUGGACUACAUUAGCCUCAAUUGGAAAAGACAUCAUUGAAGAUGAAGAUGGUAUAGCUAUGCCUCACCAGUGGUUAGAGGGAAACCUGCCCGUCAGUGCCAAAUGCGCAGUCUGUGACAAGACUUGUGGCAGUGUUCUACGCCUGCAGGAUUGGAAGUGCCUUUGGUGUAAAGCUAUGGUUCACACGGCCUGUAAAGAUCUGUACCCUCGUAAAUGCCCACUUGGCCAAUGUAAGGUAUCGAUCAUCCCUCCAACAGCACUAAACAGUAUAGACUCUGAUGGUUUCUGGAAAGCCACAUGCCCGCCAUCCUGUGCCAGUCCUCUUUUAGUUUUUGUUAACUCAAAGAGUGGAGACAAUCAGGGAGUAAAGUUUCUUCGUCGAUUCAAACAGUCGUUAAAUCCAGCUCAGGUCUUCGAUUUAAUGAAUGGAGGACCUCACUUAGGUUUGCGGUUAUUUCAGAAGUUUGACAACUUCAGGAUUCUCGUGUGUGGUGGAGAUGGAAGUGUGGGUUGGGUCUUGUCAGAAAUUGAUAAGCUCAGCUUGCACAAGCAGUGUCAGUUAGGAGUGUUACCCCUUGGUACUGGAAAUGACCUUGCUCGUGUCCUUGGCUGGGGAGGAUCCUGUGAUGAUGAUACGCAACUUCCUCAGAUUUUGGAAAAACUAGAACGAGCCAGCACGAAAAUGCUAGACAGGUGGAGUAUAAUGUCAUAUGAACUGAAAUUACCAGCAAAGCCUUCUAUUCUUCCUGUGACUGCAGAAGAGGCAGAGGAGUGCCAGAUAUCCGCUUAUGAAGAUUCUGUGGCUGCUCAUCUUGCAAAAAUUCUCAAUUCUGAUCAGCAUUCAGUUGUCAUAUCAUCUGCCAAAAUAUUGUGUGAAACUGUAAAGGACUUUGUUGCCAAAAUAGGGAAGACUUACGAAAAACCAAUGGAAAAUGCAGAGGAAGCUGAUGCCAUGGCCAUUAAAUGCUCAGAGUUAAAUGAAAAGCUGGACCUAUUGCUCCAGGCUCUCCAUACAGAAGCCCAGGCUGCUCCCAUUCUCCCAGGCAUUGCUCCCCCCAUUGUAGAAGAAGAACCAGAGGAGUUCUCAAGUGAAGAAUCCUUGUCUGAAAGUAAAGAGCAAUUAGCAGAAUGUGUCUCAAAGUCUUCCCAGAAGCUCUUCAAACCAAGGGAACAGUUAAUGCUCCGAGCAAACAGCUUGAAGAAGGCUGUGAGGCAGAUCAUUGAACAAGCAGAAAAAGUUGUGGAUGAGCAGAAUGCUCAUAGUGAAGAACAAGUGAACCAGUCUCCAGUAGAAUACAGCAAAGAAUUGUAUGAAUCCAAAGAAGAAGAAAAAGAGGAAGAUACAAAGGAACUUGAGUCUCCAUCAACUAAAACUGCACCAAGAUCUCCUGAUAGACGUACGAGCCGAGGUAUCCAUUCUCAGACAGGUUCUUUCUCUGCUCCGGCUUUGGCAGCAAGCAAGGAAAACCUCCCAGUACUUAACACAAGGAUUAUCUGCCCAGGUUUAAGGGCUGGUCUAGCUGCUUCCAUUGCAGGAAGUUCAAUUAUUAGCAAAAUGUUGCUAGCAAACAUCGAUCCAUUUGGUGCUACGCCGUUUAUUGACCCGGAUCCAGAUUCCUUGGAGGGAUAUUCAGAAAAAUGUGUCAUGAACAACUACUUUGGAAUUGGGUUAGAUGCAAAAAUUUCACUAGAAUUUAAUAACAAGCGAGAAGAGCACCCUGAAAAAUGCAGAAGUCGGACAAAAAACAUGAUGUGGUAUGGAGUUCUUGGCACAAAAGAGCUACUACAGAGAACUUACAAGAACUUAGAACAAAAAGUUCAACUUGAGUGUGACGGACAGUACAUCCCCCUUCCAAGCCUGCAGGGCAUAGCUGUGCUGAACAUUCCCAGCUAUGCUGGUGGGACUAAUUUCUGGGGUGGAACCAAAGAAGAUGAUAUAUUUGGAGCUCCAUCGUUUGAUGAUAAAAUCUUAGAAGUUGUUGCUGUAUUUGGCAGCAUGCAGAUGGCAGUGUCCAGAGUCAUCAAACUGCAGCACCACAGGAUAGCUCAGUGCCGGUCAGUAAAGAUCACCAUACUUGGUGACGAAGGGGUUCCAGUGCAAGUCGAUGGAGAGGCAUGGAUCCAGCCCCCGGGAGUUAUUAAGAUCAUACAUAAAAACAGAGCUCAGAUGCUANCAGGAGACAGAGCCUUUGAAAACACCCUGAAGUCUUGGGAGGACAAACAGAAGUAUGAUUCCUGCAAACCUGUCAUUCGAUCUCCCUUGUACCCUCAGCAAGCUGUUGAGUUGGCUACAGAGGAAGAAGUUGCACAGAUCCAGUUGUGCUCACAAGCUGCAGAAGAACUUAUUACCAGGAUCUGUGAAGCAGCAAAAGUACAUGGCCUCUUGGAGCAGGAGCUUGCUCAUGCUGUUAAUGCAUGUUCACAUGCAUUAAAUAAAGCCAACCCAAGGUUCCCCGAGAGCCUCACCAGAAACACUGCCAUGGAGAUAGCUGUCAAUGUGAAGGCUUUACACAACGAAACAGAAUCUCUGCUAGUAGGAAGAGUUCCUUUGCAGUUAGAAGCUCCCCAUGAAGAACUGUUGUCUGAUGCUUUGCACAGUGUGGAAGUAGAAUUGAGAAAACUUGCUGAGAUUCCUUGGCUUUAUUAUGUUUUUCAACCAAAUGAUGAUGAGGAUCCCCCUCUGGAUUUUGCUAAAAGAAACAAUAGAAGUACAGUGUUUCGUAUAGUGCCAAAGUUUAAAAAAGAAAAAAUUCAGAAGCAUAAGACCAGCCCUCAGCCUGGACCUGGGGAUAACGAAAGUGGGUCAUAUGAAGCGAAUUCUCCAGGGAAUUAAAGAGCUCAGCAAGAACACCCCUUUGUCUGAAGUGUAAUUAUGCUGGUGCUUUUCUUAAAGAGAGAGGAGAAAGUUGCUGGAGAAGCAAAGCUGUUGCAGGCACUUGGCUGUCCUUGUUGUUUACUCUAUGGAAGAAUAAGCACUGGUGUUUGUACAGGCUAGCAUCUCUGAAUUCUUGUGUGGUGAAGAACUUGCAGCAAGAGUAUGAAAGGAUUUGUGCCAAAACAAAAAGGAAAAGGUGAUAUGUUCUGCGAAGACGUUUUCUUGGCGUGCAGAUUGGCCAGUUUGGAUAAGCCCAGUUUGGUAAAUGGAUUGGUUGAUGUUGAACUGCACUGACUGGAAAAUAUAAUCAAGAAAUGAUUGCUUUGCUUAAAUGCAGCUCAGUAUGCCUCUCUUUAUGCUGCAGCAAGAUGCCACUGUACAGCAUGAGGUCGUCUGGUUAUCCCUCUGAGGCGUAGCUCUGUGAACCUCCUGUGCAGGAAGACCGGGAAGGUUCCAACGUGAGCCUGGCAGUGCCGCAGCUCCUGUGCCUGGAUAAGUUCCCAGCUUCUGGCAAGAUGAGACUUCCAUGUCUCUCCAUGGUUUCUGUUCAGAAGAGCUGGAUGGGCAGGCCAGGAAAGUUGUAGGGUGCUCAAGGAGAGCAAGAUUGACCAAGGCUUCAGGCUCCAAAGCCUAGCAUAGCCAUGGUGGACUAAAAUCCUUUAAGUUAUAUGUUUGCAAUGCCUGCUGGAAGCUUUAUCUAACAAUUAGCACCAGCUACCAGAAUGCCCUUGGAAAGAAAACUGUUUUGGCUAACUCUACCAGCUGUGUAAGACAUUGAAAAUACUGAACAUUAUGGUAGCAAUGAAUAGGACAAGAAUCAAAGUAGCCAAUGAAUAUUUUACUCUGUGGAACAAAUACUUUGGAAAAAUAUUGUUUGUAAUAUUAUUCAAAGACUAGUGUUAGGAUUGAAAAAAGCUACUGAAUAUAAAAGCAAUGUGGUACAAAAUUUAAAGUAAUUUGCAACUAAUUCUUUUUCCAAGUUCAUUGGAAACAACUGUUUGAGGGAGCUGUGUUUGAUCCAGGUAUAGCUAGACAAGAGCAUGUGAACUCGAAGGUGGAAACAGGAAAAAAUGGACUAAAAGUAAAAUUGGAUGGUUUGUUUUCAUUAUGGAAACUGUGUGUAAAGCCAAAAAUAAAAUCUCCACAGUACCCCGAAUCCCUUCUGUAACUUUUUAGAGGGAAUUAACAUUUUAAGUCCCAGGUUUUUUAAACUAAAGCAUUAAUUGGACAAAAAUAGUGACAUUGCCAUUAAUGGGGUAAGAGUUAGAGACAUAACUAUGUUUUUCUCCUGGUGUUAGUUGAAGUAAGCUCUGUCUGGGACUAAUUCUCUUUGCAGUCACAGUCAAUUAUUUUGUGAAUUGGGAGAUUGAGGAAAACCAUUCAAAGCUGCUUGGUCUUGUUUUUCAGGGAUGGGGAGAGCACAUGUGCUGAAAAGUAGGGCCUGGAGGCUUUUAAUGAGAAUUUCAAGCAUAUAAGAUUUUCUAGUUGGAUGAUUUAGGAAGGUUUACAAGGAGCACACAGGCAUGCACAUACUCACUGUGAAAGUUCCUAGUAGCACUGUCCUCUCACAAGAUGCUAUGGCUAUACAUUGAAACAGGCAUUUGGACUGUGCUUAGCCAUGUUCCAGAGGAUUUUCUACAGGCAUCUGUCAUUUGUGGUGUGUGUACUUUCUGUCUUGGUUUUCUCUCUCUAAAUCAGGUACCUUGAAAAAUGGAGUUGUCCAUAUAUGACAAAAAUUACCAUUUUUCCCCACUUAAGGAGCACAGGUUGUGAACCUGUCUUGAAAUAAUUUGUUUCAUUAGCCAACUUUUUAUAUUAUAUCCUUUGAAUCCUAAAAGAGCUGAAACUAUGGCACCUCCCUAGAGCUGCCAGUUAUGUUAGGAAUUUUAUAUGCUUUUAUGUUGAUGGUGUCAUCAAAGGGCAAGGUGAUAUUCACAGUGGCAGAUGAGACAUGCAAUAGAUGGGCUUUGUACAUAAAGAGUACAAGCUGUUGGGGUGCUCCUGAAAGGUGAAGGGGGCCUGAUCUCUGCACCUUCCCUCUGGCUCUUCUUGGUUGCUGUCAUCACACACAAAUAAUUUAAUGUCAUAUAAUAUUAGCAACUUCUUGUCUUAAUUCAUGGUGAUGGCAAACUUAUCAGUCACUAUUAACGAAAAUUCUCACUGUCACAUCUGUCUGUCUAGAGCAGGUAUCCUCAAAUGUUGAGCACUGUGGGAUUGCAUUAAUGUAUUUUUAAUGUAUGUUCUGGCAUUUAAGAAAGGUAAAUUUCAACUAAAGGUAUCUGUGAAGGUUCUGAGAGGAUCCCAGCCCAGCGUGGUUUCUGUCAUUAGCCAGGCUUGUAACUUCCACUGGUAUUCCAGUCAAGUGCAGCUGUUAGUUAAUUCUGUAGUAACAUCCACCUACAUGUGUGAGUGGAUGCAUGAAGUACACAUGGAAGCAUUGCAGACAUGUGACACUGUCCAGUUCUCUGCAUAACUCAUAUAUUUGGGUCUAAAUGGCAGUUUGUAGCAAAGAGCUGAAACGCAUGAUUUCCACCCAAUCCAAACUUAUAUUCAAUUGAAAAUGAAAACAUCUAACAUGAUUUGCAGAGGUUUUGGUUAAAAACUGGUGUGAACUCAGUAGUUUCUGCCCUUUGUUUCCCCUUCUUCCUGUUCAUUCAACAAGAAAGUCCAUCAUCUUUGCAAUCAUAUAGAUCUUUUGGGACUUAGGCAUAUGCUGUGCUUUAAACAGUACUUUAGGCCCCUUGGAGAUUGUUCUUGUAUUUCGCUUAGAGCAUUUACAUGUAAGCCUACAGAUGAUUUUCUUGGAGAGAAAUUGCUCCUCACGUAAAAGUGAUCCUCAAAUUGAUCAUGGGUAGGCUUUUACAUGCCAUACCUAUGAAUGUCAUUCUCUUGCCAGUAUUUGUGUGGAUGUGUGUAGUACCUAGUUCAUAGUGUGUAUGUGAGAGCAUACCUGUACAUAGAGAUGUAUAUACAUACAUACCCUGGUUUUGCCCAAUAUAAUGAUGCCAACUUGUGUGUAGAGCCAAAAAAACUUAAAACUAUACAGUGCUUGAGAUGCUGCAUUGUUUUUAUUAUAGUAUUUUUUAUAUCAGAUGAAUUGCAGGAUGUUUACAGAUGCUUAUUAAUAUUUAACUUAUACAAUGGGGUGGCAGGAUGUUUAUGAUUGUUGUCAGCUAAAGAACUGUAUAUGAUUCUGGGUAGAAUUUUGGCUUUUUUGAAAUCCUUGGCAAAACUCCCAUUGAUCUCACUGGGGCCAAGAUUAAACCCCCCUGAAUCUAUUGUUUACUGGCUAUUUUCCUACUGUGAUAAUUUUUUAAAUGAGUGAAAUGUAUUUAUUUUUUCCCAAUGUGAAAUCUGCAGUUUCUAUUUGGAUUUUUCUACAGAACCUGCAAACUACAACACAGGUGGGAAUAUAUGCCUCAGAGAAUGUACAGAAUUUUUCAUUGAUCUGGUCCUUGAAUAUGCCUAAGAAAAUACCUUCUAAAAUAAGUUUUGUAAGAUUUAAUACAGAAUCAUCUAACAAGAGAUCACCUUUCAUGCCUCUCUCCUCAGAGGGAAUGCAAUGUGGCAGGUGAAUGUGAAGAAUUAUUGAUAAAUGAAAAGUAGUCCUGUCUGUUUUCUGUACAUACUGGUCUCAUGCAGCUCACCUGUCUCUGCAGAUCUGGUAUGAGACACUUGAAGUACCUUAUCCAAAAGUACCUUAUUGAGGAAAAAAUGUUACCUAGCAAGUAUGUGGCUUUAAGCUUCUCAUCAAGACAUGGAGGUAUCUUCAGAGCCAGUGUGUUGAAUGACUUUUAAUAUUCCAUGGAUCAAUUAAAAUUAUGAAAAUGUUAAGUGGUAAGGCAAGUCAGACAACUGCUUGAUAUUAGAGAAAUCACUUGUCUAGAGGCAGAAGGAUCAGUUCUUUAAUAGCACAAGGGAGGAAAAAUACCAUAAUGCAGCGCUUCCUAAAUCCCUUUCCAGGGUAACUUCUCAUUAUGUAUGCUCAAAGUGUAUUCUUCCUGUAAAAAACAUAUGGCUGUGAAACAGCUAAAUAGAUGUAUCCUAAUUUAUUCAUCUAAGGCUAAAAUACCA